UUGUCCAAGAUGUCCUCCCAGCAGCACCAGCAGAAGUGCCAGCUCUCUGCUAACUGUCCACCCAAGUGCCCCCAACAAGGUCCCCGGGCUCCUGCUUCAUGUCUGACUCUCACUGUCCCUUCAGCUCCUGCUUGCUGUGUUUCUACCUGCUAUAUUUCUGGCUUGGGAAGCAGCUGCUCUUUAAUAUCACACCGGUUUCCUCGGUUCUACCUCCGCCAGCCUCAGCAUUCUGAGUGUCCUGAGAAAGAGUCUGCAGAAUGUUCAAGCUGUUGCCACAACUCUGGAAACUAUAGCUGACCUGCAGUUUUUGAGGAAACAAAGAACAAUGGCCCAGGACCAGCUUUGAGAUGAUGCUCUUCUUCACUCAGCCUUCCUCACUCUCCUGAAAUAGUUGCAUGGAUAAUGGGAUCCUUAAUAUGUUAAGUACCUGAGGCCUCCUGGCACUGAAUCUGCUCCUAGGCAAAGAAGAAGGUGAAAGUCAACUGUUUCCCUGAGCUUCACAAGUACACAGAACAGAAAUAAAGCUUAUCUCUGAUAGUA